CUAACGGCGACUCCGUUAAAGGCGUCAGUUCCGAUUCCCGGCAGGCGGUCCGGAGGAGGGAAAGAUGGUAAGAGGGGACAACGUGGUCGGGACCGAGCCCGAAUUUCCCGAACAGUUCCGGUCCUACUCGGAGAACGAAAAACACUGGCAGGCGCGGCGCGCCUUCAUCCUGCGCAAUACCCCACUGGGGGGCGGAGAGGCGCUCCCUCCGCUGUGCCUGGACCAGCUGCUCUCCCUCUCCAUGGUUUGGGCCAAUCACCUCUUCCUGGGAUGCAGCUAUAGCAAAGAUCUAUUGGAGAAGGUGACAGAAAUGGCUAAUGGAAUUGAAGUUGAAGAUGUGCCACAUUUCACAACUCGUGAUGAAUUAACCAAAAAGAAUCAAUACUAGUGCCUAGGAGAAAAGAUGCCAGGCUUUUAUUAUACCACACAAUCUGCUUAUAUUGAAGACUGUGAUCUGGAUACUUCAAGCAUCACUUCUGAGAUGUAUUUUAGAUUAUACUGUUUUAUACUGGAUGCUCAGAGAUUAUGUGUAUAUAUUUUGAUUCAGAUUAAGGGGGAAGAAAAGUACUUAUGUUUAUUAAUGAUUAGAAACUCACUCUCCCCAAUGCUAACUCAUCAGAAAACAGGAUUAAGUCUGAUGUCACACUUUCUGGGGUACCAGUUGUAUGGUAUGAAUACAGAAGUAACAAAAUCCCAUGAAAAAUAGAUAGGAAUAAUAGAAACAAAUGUACAGUCAUGAAAAACAGUUGAAUGUAAGAAAUAAACAUUUUUAAAAACAAUGAAAACACUGAAUUGCCUUUUUUUCCCCCUGGCUGCAUAUGUCUUGUAGAAGGCAGUGCCUGGCUAAUCUUGUCUGGGCUUGGAAGUUAAGCAGGGUUGGACCUAGUUAAUUCUUAGAGGGGUGACAGCCUAGAAAUAUACCAGUACUUAGACUAAAAAACAAAACAUGAAGAAGGCAGUGGCAAACCAUUUUCAUAUCAGGCACCAUUUGCCAAAUUUUUGUCUGCCUGUCUCAUAAGAACAUUGCAAAAAGGCUUGCUUGAGUGUCCCCACUCUAUGUAAGGUCAGGGGGAUGUGGGCCGGAUGGUAGGCCUUUCAGCUGUGGCUUCUGUACUUUGGAACUCCUUGUCUUCAUAGCUUCAAGCAGCCCCUUCCCUCUUAACAUUUCAUAAACCUUAAAGCAUUAUUCUACCAUGUGUUUAACAAGAAUUGAAUGUUUCUGGUGGCCAUGUAGGGAUUUUUUUGUAAUCGUAUGUCUUUUAUUUUGUUUUUAUUCUGUAUUUUACUAUGUAGUGCGCUGCCCAAAAUUUGUGGAUUGAAGUAGGUUACAAAACCAUGAACUAACUAAAUAAAUGAUUGCU